AAGGUCACACAGGGAGAAAGUGACAGAAACACUAGUAAAGAGAGGUGCUCUUGGGGCACAGCGGUCUGUGGUCUCUGCCUCUUGGUUUUCAUCUGGCCAUGUCCUUAGCUGAGGUGAUCCGCCUUUGGAAUGAAGGGGUGCUGGCAGCAGACAAGAAGGACUGGCAUGGAGCCUUGGAAGCCUUCACUGGAGUUCAGGACCCCCAUUCCCGGAUCUCCUUCAACAUUGGCUGCAUCUACAUGAUUCUUGGAAACCUGCAGGAGGCAGAAAAGGCUUUUACCGGCAGCAUAAGUCGAGACAAACACUUAGCAGUGGCUUAUUUCCAACGAGGGAUAGUCUUUUAUAAGAUGGAGAAAUAUGAGUCAGCUCUUCAAGACUUGAAAGAGGCAUUGACUCAGCUCCGUGGGAACCAGCUCAUCGAUUACAAGAUCCUGGGGCUGCAGUUCAAGCUGUUUGCCUGCGAGGUGUUAUAUAACAUUGCUUUCAUCCAUGCCAAGAAAGAGGAAUGGAAGAAAGCUGAAGAGCACUUGGCACUGGCCAUGAGCAUGAAGACAGAAGCUAGACACUCCAAAAUUGACAAAGCUAUGGAAGCUGUCUGGAAACAGAAGCUGUAUGAGCCAGUCGUGAUUCCUGUGGGGAAACUGUUCAGACCUAAUGAGAAGCAGGUGGCUCAGUUGGACAAGAAGGAUUACUUGGGAAAGGCUACGGUUGUAGCAUCUGUGGUGGAUCAAGACAGUUUCUCAGGAUUUGCCCCUCUGCAACCCCAGACAGCUGAACCUCCCCCAAGACCCAAAACACCAGAAAUCUUCAAAGCCCUGGAAGGAGAAGCACAUCGGGUGCUAUUUGAAUUCACACCUGAGACAUCAGAGGAACUUCAAGUCUUGCCAGGAAACAUUGUCUUUGUCCUGAAGAAAGGAAAUGAUAACUGGGCCACCGUCAUGUUCAAUGGGAAGAAAGGACUUGUCCCCUGUAAUUACCUGGAACCUGUUGAACUCCGGAUCAAUCCUCAACUUCAAAACCAGGAGGGAACCUCUCCGGAUUCUGACCUCCCAGCACCACCCAAUUCCAGAGCUCCUGGAAAGCCCCAAGUGCUCCCAGGCAUGAAGCGACCAGAAGAGCAGACAGACCUAAAGCUCAGUGUCCCCACGCCGUACACCCUCAAAGUGCACUACAAGUACACAGUGGCCAUGGAGAUUCGCCCUGGGCUUCCCUACAGUGAGAUCUUGGACAUGGUGUGCAAAAAACUGGAACUGCUCCCUGAGCACACCAAGCUGAGCUAUCGGCCUGGGGAUGACCAGGGCCUCAUCACCCUUUCAGAGGAAAACAUGAAGAACGUGUGGAACCAUGUGAAGAACUAUUGCCUGACUCUCUGGUGUGAAUACACAGUGGGUGACCAAGGCUUUCCAGAAGUACCAGAGGAAAAAGAUACAUUAAAUGACAAUAUCCAUGCGACAGAACCCCAACACAAAGAAAGAAACCAAGUGUUGGCACUAUUCAAUUAUGAAGCUUCACAACCAGAGGACCUGGAAUUUCUAGCCGGAGAUGUGAUCCUGGUGUUAUCCAAAGUGAAUGAUGAAUGGCUGGAAGGAGAAUGCAACGGGAAAGUGGGCAUUUUCCCAAAAGCUUUUGUUGAAGAAUGUGCAGCUACAGGCCCAGAAGGCCAGGCCAUGAAAGCCUAGGCAAGGAAGUUGGAAAACGAGCAGCAAUUCUGAGCAUUUCGAAGGUGCACAACAGUUUACGCCCUGAGAGACAAUGACAGUUGGAGAACGUUAACCUGUUUUCCUUGCAAAGCUUUAUCUGAUGUUUUUCUCCUUCAUUAAAAAUCCUGUUACUUAAGUAGCUGAGACCUGGAUAAUGAGUGAGUGGUGUUUCCAGGGAACAAGGCAUUUGAUCCGAUCAAGAAACACCGGAAUCCUUGUUUUACAACGGCAAUCACUAGCAACUCUUCAUUUCCUCGCAGUCCAUGAGGGUGUUAAGUAUCAGAAGCCCAGUUCCUGAAGGUUCAAAUACAUGGAUGGCACUAUUAGCCAAUAGUAAUAGAAAGCCAUUCUCAGGAAGCCAGAGUAUUCUAGGUUAAAAUCUUUAUAUCAAAAUUUACGAAGCACCUUCUUCAAACUCACUUUGAGAGGUAGCUUGUACAAGCAUGAGAUAGGUAUAAGGAACUGAACCCUAUUGUGAUUUCAGCGUGAUGGGGAAUCCUAGGUGAGGAAAAUCCCUCUACCAAGGCAAGAUGGCACCUUCUUUGCAACCUAGAGUCUUACAGGUUGCCAGAGCACGGAGAGAUUAAAUAACCAGCCCAGAUUAUCACAAAAUCAGGAUGUUUCUAAUAAUGCAAGACUUGAAUGAACCCAGGUCUUCCAGCUACCUAGCAUGCCAAUGGCCCUCGAAGGUUUGCAAAGCGAUUUCCUUAAAAACAAACCAAAAAACCUGUAAAGGGGAUGUUGUACACAGGUAGUUAAAAAAAAGGGGGGGGGGGUGGUGGCGGGGGCAGGGAGAGAUUUCAACCCACACCUCCUGACUCACAUUUCAGUUUUUCCUCACGACCACAGUGCUUCUCGAUUAUUCUCAUUUUAGUGAUGACCAAAGGAGUCUCAAAAGAGCCUAAGUGACCAACCUGCCUUGCCCUUUGACACAUUUUCUGAUGAAACCCAGUGCUCCUUUCACUACCCAAGCUUCUCCUGGCCCACCCUCACUGCUUUAUUUUCGUUUCCUUGGUUUUGUUGUGAAACUCAAUUGUUCAUCUUUUAAAUGUUAUUUUUUUUUCUUGCUGAUGGGCUAAUUCGGAUCUGUAAAGUUCAUCCCAAAGUUUUUCAUGUUCCUGUAACAAUGAACUGCAGCUGUAAAACAUCUUUAAAAUAAAGCAAUUAAGGUGAAUGGCUAUAAAUUA